AUGCUCCUCUCAUCAACCCCCUCCCGCACUUCAUGGUUCCAACAACAAAACCCCAAACCAUUACCCUCAUCACCACCCGAUUUCAUCCUAAAAUCACCAACUCUCUCAUUACAUUCACCUAAAAAUAUCACAAAAUCCUCAUCAUUAGAGGGUGAUGAUUUGGUCACUCUUUCACGUUCAUCACGCAGGAAUUCACUGAACAAUGCAAGCUGUUUGAUCUCGUCUGUUGUUGCAGUUGAAGUAAUGGUUGUGGUGGAUGGUGUGGGUGUAGGUGGUGGUGGCGGGAGGAUUUGUGGUGGUGGUGGUGGUGGCAAUGAGGGUUGUGAUAAUGGUGGUGAUGGUAUGGAUGGGUUUUAUAGGAGUAUGAUUGAAGCGAACCCGAGUAGUUCGUUGGUUCUGGGCAAUUAUGCUAAGUAUUUGAAAGAGGUUAAAGGUGAUGUUUUGAGAGCUGAAGAGUACUGCAGUAGAGCAAUACUGGCUAACCCUAGUGAUGCAAAUGCUUUGUCAAUGUAUGCUGAUUUGAUUUGGGAGACGCAAAAGGUUGCAUCGCGUGCGCAGAGUUACUUCGAUCAAGCGGUUAAAGCUUCUCCAGAUGACAGGUAAGCUAAACAUAUUCAUUUUGAUAUGUAGAUUAUGCUAUUUUUAUUGUUUGACUGAAGAAUAAUCAUUUGAUUAUGAUACAGUUAUGUUAUGGCUGCUUAUGCGCACUUUCUUUGGGACGCUGAUGAAGAAGUUUCU